AUGGUUGGACAAGUAUAUAAGGAUAAGGCUACAUUGAAAGAGGUGAUGGAGAAUUAUGCUAUAUCUCAAAGGUUUCAAUUCCGGGUUGAUAGGUCUAAUGCUGUCAGCUAUGCAUUAUUAUGUAUGUCAGAAGAUUUUGAAUGGAGGUUUAAGGCUUCGAGCAUUAACAAAUCAGAACUAUUCAAAGUGAGAGAGUUAAAUGAUAACUAUACAUGUCCGCUGAAGGACAAGGUGUAUGAGCAGCGACAGGCAAGUAGCAGCAUUAUAGGUGGUAUGAUUAGGCCUAAGCUUACUAAUCAUAAGAGGAAAUACACCACAAAGGAUAUUAUUGAUGAUGUGAAAUCAGAUUUAGGUGUAGAUGUUAGCUACAUAUUGGCGUGGCAGGCUAAAGAAAAGGGAAUUAAUUUUUUGAGAGGUGAACCGACUGAUUCAUACAAAAAAUUACCAGGAUACUUAUAUACAAUGGAUAUGACAUAUCCAGGUUCGCACAUCAGAAUGGUAAAAUCGCCAAAAAAUGAGUUCAUGUAUGUGUAUAUAUCUUUGUAUGCCUUUAUAAAGGGGUUUGAUCAUUGUAGACCCAUUGUGGUUGUGGAUGGAAGUCACCUAAAAUCUUACUACAUCGGGACAUUCGUCUCUGCAAGCACGUUGGAUGGUGCAGGUCAUAUAUUGCCACUAGCAUAUGGUGUUAUCGAUUCAGAGAACGAUGCUGCUUGGACGUGGUUCUUUGAGCAAUUCAAGAUAGCAUACGGUGACAGGGAAAACAUGUGCAUCAUUCAGAUAGAAAUGAGA